AUGAUAUCCGACCGUAUCGGAUCCGUUUUGACCCCGGCACCACAAAACCGCGGCGGCGCCCCGACUCAUUCUAUUCCUCCUCCACCCCCGCAUCCCAGCCGCUCGCAGAUCCCCACCCUCUCCGCCGCCGCCCACCGCGUCGCGCCCCUCGUCCGCCAGGAUGACAGAAGCACCAUUUUUUCCACGUGAGAGGCUCUUCAAGCAGCAGCAUUAUUUCCAGAACUUGACCAAGCACACUUUCCUGAAAGGGCGUUACGAUGUGAUCACCUCCGUUGCCAUCCCCCUUGCACUUGCUGCUUCCAGCAUGUUCAUGAUUGGUCGUGGAGUUUACAACAUGUCUCACGGGAUUGGGAAAAAGGAGUGAACUUCUGUGGGUUAACGAGUAUCUCUGUACUUGCCAUGGAAGUCACACCAACCAGGCUAUGAAGUCUUCUUUGAUUGCAAAAUAAUACUGUCAAAGAACAAUUCAAAUACGAUUCCAGUUCAUUUUCUGUUGGUUUUUGUGGAUAUCUAAUGUCAGUAACUUGAACAUCAGCUUCGUUGCUAUAUCGGUUAAUUGCACAUUUGCACUUUUCCUUUU